AUGAAUAGUACGACAGAGUCCGAGGUCCUGGGGCUAGCCGUUACUUUGCAGUUUGAGGCGUGGUUUGCAAUUGCUGCUCUUUGUUGGUUGGUGUAUGAUUGGUUGUUAUCAUUCGGCGACGAGGUUCAACUGAUAUGGAGGUCGGAAGCUACCCUCCCGAAGAUUCUCUACUCUAUUUCAAGAUAUUUAGGCCUGGUCAUGCAAGCCCUCAUAGGUUCUAAAGCGAUCCCGUUUUAUUGCGUGCAAAACAUGAUUUUCUACACCGUGUAA